UAGAAAUCACAACCCCUCUCUCUCUCUCUCUCUCUCUCUAUCUCUGUGCACUUGCUUUUUGCAAUUGAUGGCGUCAGGCACCACCAAUGAAAUAACCCAUGACUUUCCACCAUUCUUUAAAGCCUACAAUGAUGGUCGCAUAGAGAGGUACAUGUCCCAUGACCACGUCCCGGCUGGCCUAGACCCACACACUCGAAUACAAUCCAAAGACGUUGUCAUAUCGCCCGAAACCGGUCUAUCGGCCCGGAUCUUCAUCCCCAAAAUCAACGGCUCUGAUCAUCAAAAGUUGCCGCUUCUCGUCCACUACCACGGCGGAGGCUUCUGCGUCGGAUCACCGUUCGACACAAUUUCUCACAAAUUUCUCACGUCUCUGAUUUCCCAGGCCAACAUAAUAGUUGUUUCUGUUGACUACAGGCUGGCCCCAGAGCACCCGCUUCCAAUUGCCUACGAUGACUCCUGGGCCGCGCUGCAGUGGAUCGGUACUCAUUCUAACAAGCAAGGACCCGAGCCGUGGCUGACCCAGCAUGUGGAUUUCGGGCGGGUUUUCUUGGCGGGUGAGAGCGCAGGGGCCAACAUAGCCCACCACGUGGCAGUCCGAGCUGGAUUGGCUGGCUUGAAGAUCGUCGGGGUACUGAUGGUGCACCCCUUCUUCGGGGGCAAAGAGCGUGAUGAAAUGUACAAGUUUUUGAGCCCCACGAGUACCGGGUGUGACGAUGACCCGAAACUAAACCCGGAAGUUGAUCCGAAUUUGUCGAGCAUGGGGUGUGAUAAGGUCCUGGUGUGCGUGGCAGAGAAAGACUGGCUGAAAGACAGAGGGGUGGCCUACUAUGGGACUUUGGGUAAGAGCGGUUGGGGGGGUAACGUGGAAAUAUUGGAAACUAAAGGAGAGGACCAUUGCUUUCAUUUGUUCAACACUGAGGGUGAAAACGCUGCCGCAUUGAUGAAAAAGCUGGUUGAUUUUAUUAAUAUUGGAUUAUAGCCUAGGUGAAUGAAAAAUAUGAAAAAUUCGUACCUAUAUUCUUUAAUGGUCCUUACCCUUUGGCCUUUACUGAAUGAAAAUAAAUGUGUUUUGAGUGCGUGGGUAUGGUUUUUUCAUAGCAAAAUUCAAAAAAUACUAUUUAAUAAACAAUUAUAUAAUUAUUAUAUAAUUGGGAUGAUAUGAAAAUGACAAUGACAUUUAGAUUUUAAUUUUUCUUUGUACAAGUGAAUUUUAUUGAUCUAAAGGUUGAUUUUUACUGCUCCA